UCUGUUACCUAAGCGAUAUACCUUUCCUGGCCAUUUCUAAUACGUAACUUGAGCGAUAUAUGCGCAUCUCGACAUUGAACCCCUUACGCAGAGGAUCGCCCUGAUUGACGAGUUCACAAGGUCGCACAGCAGUCGUAUUUCAACAUAUCGCUGACAGCCGUAUCCAGCGAUGAGUUGCGACUGCUUAUAUCUUGGGGUAUUCUCCAGCAGUAUUGCGUAACGAAGCAGUGCCUUAUCGCAAGUGCUCCGCACUGCUCGUGCUCUUUGUUGAAGUACUUUCAGCGCAGUCUACUCUGGUAGCCGUACCUGACGGUGACUUCGUUCGAUCAGUCUGGCUCCAAUGCAUCGACCCACCUUCCCACCUACGACCUCCAACUUGCUGCAAAACAAGAGUCCCGAUCGCAUCAAAUAUCUCGUCAAUGGCGAUCAUGAGCACCACCUCGCCAAUACCGUACGCCUGUACGACAACGACAGCACCAUAACACGGUUUAUCCGGUGGAUCAAGAAAGGCAACCAGACAAUACCGUCCGACCGUGUACCAUUGGCGAUCGAUUACGACAUCUUCUCGACGGCUGAAAGCGGGGGAACAAUCGAGUCGAAAUACGGUCGCUACAAAGAGGUCUUGGGAUGGGGCUCGUCCUCCACAGUCAAGAUGGCGUACAAACCCAAUCCGCACCACGGUCCGAAAGGAUACACUUAUGCUGUAAAGGCGUUCCGCCAACGCGCCAACGAAUCACACAAUGCAUACCACAAGCGCGCAUCAGCAGAAUUCUGCAUCGCAACGACUCUGCAGCACAAGAAUAUAGUACACACGAUAGACCUUCUGAGCGACGACCAUGGCCGCAUGUGUCAAGUUAUGGAGUUCUGUGCUGCAGGUGAUCUUUGCGCGCUGCUCAUCUCUGCAGGAAAGCUUGACGAAACAGAGGCAGAUUGCUUGUUUAAGCAACUUGUUCGUGGCGUUGCAUUCAUGCAUGAGACAGGCGUUGCCCACCGGGACUUGAAGCCUGAGAAUAUACUGUUGACGACAACAGGAUGUCUCAAGAUAUCGGACUUCGGAAUGGCAGAGUGCGUGCAGUACGCAUGGGAGACUACAGGUCAUCGCUCGAAAGGAUUGCAAGGCAGCAAGCCGUACAUGGCACCCGAGAUCUACAUCACCGAGCACUUCGACGCGAGAGCCAUCGACGUUUGGGCUACGGGCAUUAUGUAUGUUGCCAUGCGCACAGCACGACUGAUGUGGACCAAGGCCGACGAUACAGACAGCAUGUUCAAGAAGUUCAAGCUCAGCUGCGGGUCCGGAGAAGGGUAUCGCCCAGUAGAACAAUUCGAAGGUGCGCACCGGCGGCAGCUCAUAUAUUCCAUACUGCAGACAGAUCCUCAGAUGAGGAUCAAGAGCUCAGAGAUUCUGGAUUCGCAAUGGCUCUCGGAUGUUGUGAUAUGUAAAGCUGGGCAGCGUGGGUACUAAUGUAUUUUAUGAA